AUGAAAAACUCGAAUCUUCAACUUAAAGAUGUUGUUCUUCAAGUUCCUAACCAAGACUUAUCUUCUGGAGACCCAUUCGCUCUGCUGAUCGACGAUUUGACUGUUGAUUUUCAACCUGGAAAGAUGUAUGCCUUCAUGGGAACUAGUGGAAGUGGGAAAACCACGACAAUGGAAACCAUUUCGGCAUUAGUUCCAAGUGGAUCUAAAACAAGUGGAUCGAUACUGAUAGAAGGAUUAGAGAGAGAUCCCGACCAAUGGGGUAGAAACCACGCAUAUGGAAAGCAAGAGGCAUAUGGUAUGGAUAACUUAACACUGGAAGAAUUUGUCUCCUAUUCCAUCUCGUUUUACUUUCCCGAUGAAAGUAAGGAGAAUAUUAACCAGGUAAUGGAUACUGUUCUUAACGAUGUCCUCAACUUGGGUAGGGUCAGGAGGAAUCAGAUGAACCAGCUAUCUGGUGGGGAACAAAAAAGAGUGGGCCUUGCAGUAACCUUUGCUAAAAUGCUUUUACUUCAAGGACAGUUAAAGGUGUCCCUUCUUGAUGAACCCACUAGUGAGCUUGAUUCUGGAAUGGCGGUAAAGGUAAUAAGAUUCCUUAAGGAUUACGCCCAAAUGACCGGCUCAAUAGUGAUUACAACGGUUCAUCAACCUGGUCCUGAAGUCUUCAGUACCUUUGACAAUCUCCUGUUUCUGCACAAGGGAUCAAAGAUAUAUCUAGGACCGGCUGAUGGAUUCAUGAACUUCUUGAACUCCAAAGGAAUCUACAAUCCGGGUUCGGAAAGUUCCAAUAUGGAAUUUCUGUUCAGUCUGUUUACACCGGGGACUAGAGAGUCUGAGAAAUACAAGGACCAGCUUAAAGAAAUAGAAAAUGAGAUCAGGGAAGAGAAGCUAAGAAAAGGAAAAAAGGAAAAAAGAACAUUUAGGACAUCAGAAGAUACAAAAAUCAAUUUUGUUCCAAAUUUCCACACAGCCCUCCUCUUAGUUAAGAGACAGUUGACUUUAGACUGUUUUAGAUCGAAAGAAUUUUUAGUCAGUACGGUCAUACUUCUUCUUAUUGUAGGGUAUUUCCUUUUACAGGGCUUAGCGCUUAAGGGGAUACCCUUUCCCUUAACAAUGAUAUUUAUUAGCUUCAUACCUUUCUCAAAUACAAUACUUAAUAGAGGUAUUCGUUAUUCAAAAGAGGAAAUGGAUAGAAGACUAUACGAUACUGCAACACUAUGGCUCGCAGCUCUUAUUCUAGAACUUAUAAUGAUUUUUAUCAGGUGCACCAUCGCAGUUGGAAUCAUGUUUGCCUUUGGUCAUAUUGGCCUGGAACACUUACCUUUCCUAUACAUCAGCCAUAUCUUCCUGCUCUUCUUAAAUUCCUUACCUGCCAUGAUGGUUGUCUCCUUGGUAGAUACUUCUACAACCAUCGGGAAAGUUUUACCAGGAAUUAUUCUUGUUGUCCGCUGUUUUAGCAUGGUAUGUCUCUUUAAAAGUCUGGAUUAUAUACUUAAGACUUUAAGAAUUCCAUCUCUGAUAAGUAAGUUGAUCCAAUCAAUCCUGAACUUUCCAUUUUCAAAUUUUUUGCUCAAGAUUAUUAUCUGUCCUCAAGGGUUUCUUUUUCAAAAGAUCUUAGAGUACUAUGAUAACGAUGCUAAAAUUCUCGAAAUAUUUUCGAAUGAUUUUCUUCAGAAAUGUAAAGCUGAUUUAUCUAAAGCUUCCGGAGACCAGGUCGAUGCCAGUAGUACCCUCAGUGGUCUCAAGGAGGCCGCCGAAGAGUUCAAGAAGAUCAAAGCCUCUAGUUACCUUCAAGCUAAUCCUGAAAAUUUCCCUUUUGUUAUUUUGGUGGGUGUGAUCUCUUUCAUCGUUAUUAGCAUUAUAUCUAUAAUCUUCCUAGAUAAAAGAUUCUCGCCCUCUGUAAGAUUCCAACUAUCCGAGGAUGAAAAUAAGGAUAAGUCCCUUCAAUCAAGAUUGAAAUCGCUCACCAAGGGAUCUUGGCUAAAGCGAUUCCUAGUAGUUUUUGGGAUGGUUUUAGGAAUAACAGCUAUAGCCCUUAUUAUUCUCAGGAGUUUCCCUUUCUUAAUGAAAAACAAGGAAGGGGGAGGGGGGCAACAGAACAGUCAACCGCAACCGGCCGGGGGGGGGCAGCAGUCAACAGGAACUAAUGGAGGAACUAGCGGUAUCAAUUAUUGA